AAUGCAGCCGCAAGGUCAAUUUUAGGUCAGUGCGUUUCCGAAGCCGAGUGCGAGAAGAAAGGAAAAAUUUGGCCAUGCGACGAUUCAGUGCGUUUUUGCUCACGUUUGUGGCGCUCGUCGCGAUCGCCACCGCGGCUAAGCAGCCAGCCACCCUUCCAUCUGAAUUUCCCCUCUGCUUUUUGAAGCAAGAAAAUUACGAAAAAUGUCUGAACAACGCCAUAGAAACUGGAAUAAGAUCACUAGCAAAUGGCAACCCAACAUUGGGGAUGCUGCCGAUCGACCCCAUGGAGAUCACGGAAAUGAACCUGAUGCACGGCACCGGCGGCCCGGUCAACAUCGAUCUCGUGUUCAAAAACACGACCAUGUCCGGUCUGACGGGCGCCAAGUCGAUCAGCGUGUCAAAUGAGUUCCUGGCCGGCGGGGCCAAUAUGCACGGCGAAAUGCUCAUUCCGAGUCUCGACUUGAUGGCCGACUACGUAAUCAACGGCAAAAUUCUGCUGCUUCCGAUCCACGGCGAUGGGAUGGCCAACAUCACCUUGGUCCACUUGAAGACGACGUACGUGAUGGAGAAUGAGAUCGUGAAGAAGAAAAACGGCCGCGAGCACAUCAAGGUGAACGCGUUCAAACUGAAGCUGCGCCCGGGCAAGGUGUACACCAACUUCGCGAACCUCUUCAACGGCGAUAAAAGACUGAGUGACCAGAUGAACAUGUUCCUGAACGAGCACGCCAUCGACAUUUGGGGCGAGAUUUCGCCCACCGUGGAGGAGACGUUCGGAGAGAUUUGCAAGCAGAUCGCCAACAGACUGUUCUCCCAGGUUCCUUACUCCAGCAUUUUUCCCACUGAGAAAUCGUGGGCAAAAAAGAUUUGCGUCGGCAUUGACAUUGAUUUAUCCUUGGACGAAAGUAAAGAGGCAGAAACUUGUGCGAAAAGCAGACGCGACAACAGGACAACAGUGACGACCAUGCAGACACCGUUGACGGCGCUUUUGGCGCUCGUUUUCGCCUUCGCCGCCGACGCCGCGAAGCAACUUCCAUCUUCGAUUCCGCUUUGCAAAGUGUCUCUGCCGAAAGCCGAGUACUCGACGUGCCUGAACGCCGCUGUGCAGAAGGCCUUCCACGUGCUCUCCAUCAAAGGUAUCCCGAGUGUCGGCGUGUUUCCGGUAGAACCACUGCGGGUGUCCGAGAUCAGCAUCGCCGAAGGUGGAGGAGCCGUGCGGCUGCAGUUGACCCUCAGCGAGGCCGAGCUGCAAGGUUUCAAUAGCACGAGGCUAAUCUCUAGCAGUAACGACAUAUCGGAAGGAGGCUCGACUCUGAGGGCCGAAGUAGCCAUUCCGCGCCUCGAGAUCAUCUCCCAGUACGAAAUCGACGGGCACGUGCUGCUGCUGCCCAUCAGGGGCAAGGGCGAUAGCAACAUAACGCUGGGUAACGUUAACGUGGUCGUUAAAAUCGAGAAUGAUGUUGAAACGCGAGCUGGAGAGGAAUACUUCAAAGUGAAAACCUUCAAAAUCAACAUCAAGCCGCAGAAGAUCAACAUUGAUUUCGGCAACCUUUUCGACGGCGAUCCUGUGCUCGGUGCGCACAUGAACAGGUUCCUCAACGAAAAUGCGGCUGAUGUUUUCGGCGAGCUAAGGAAUUCGAUAGAAGAGGCGUUUGCUGAAAUAUUAUCCCAGAUUACUAAGCGGAUAUUCGACAACGUUCCAUACAAGAGCAUUUUCUUGCAUUAAAAAACUCAUGUCGCUCAUCUAGAUGGCAUUUUUUUAGAAUCAAUAUUAUAGUACAAACCUUUGUAAAAGUUGAAUAAAACAAAUGUUUAAGAUCA